UCUUUCUCUCUCUCUCUUUUUUUUUUAAUCCAUAGGCCUCAUUUAUGAGAUAAACAUUUUGUAACAUAAAAUGGCCCCUCCUGUCAUAUCCUUGAGAAGCAUUGUGUGAACACUUGAGAGAGAGAGAUAAAGAUGGCUGGUGUCUCCAAUGGCCACGACGGUUCCUCCUUCAAGAUGCCCUCCAUCAAGUUCACCAAGCUCUUCAUCAAUGGACAAUUUGUUCAUUCUAUUUCAGGAAAGGAGUUUGAGACAAUAGAUCCAAGGACAGAAGAGGUGAUUACGAAGGUGGCAGAGGGAGCAAAAGAAGACAUCGAUGUUGCUGUCAAAGCGGCACGUGUUGCAUUCGACUAUGGUCCAUGGCCUCGCAUGCCCGGCGCUGAAAGAGGAAGAAUUAUGAUGAAAUGGGCAGAACUAAUCGAGCAGCACGUGGAAGAAAUAGCAGCAUUGGAUGCAAUUAAUGCAGGGAAGUUGUACCAUAUCCUCAAGGGUGGUGAAAUCCCUGGAGCAGCAAGAACCAUACGUUACUAUGCUGGUGCUGCUGAUAAAAUUCAUGGAGAGGUGUUGAAAGCGGGAAGGGAGUUCCAUGCAUACACUUUGAUGGAACCAAUUGGUGUUGUUGGACUUAUCAUUCCAUGGAACUUCCCCAGCAUCAUGUUUGUUGGCAAGGUUGCUCCUGCCUUGGCUGCUGGUUGCACCAUAGUCCUCAAGCCUGCUGAACAAACACCCCUCUCAGCUUUGUUUUAUGCUCAUUUAGCUAAACAGGCUGGAAUUCCGGAUGGGGUGCUCAAUGUAGUACCCGGAUUUGGUUCGACUGCAGGUGCGGCAAUAUGCUCACACAUGGACAUUGACAAGGUCAGCUUUACAGGUUCAACAGAAGUGGGGCGAGAAGUAAUGCGUGCUGCAGCCAACAGUAAUUUGAAACCUGUUUCACUUGAAUUAGGAGGCAAGUCACCCCUCUUAGUUUUUGAUGAUGCUGAUGUAGAUACAGCUGCUCAGAUUGCUCUCUUGGGUGUCAUAUUUAAUAAGGGAGAAAUUUGUGUUGCGGGUUCAAGGGUGUUUGUUCAGGAAGGAAUCUAUGAUGAAUUUGAGAAGAAAUUGGUCGAGAAAGCAAAAGCUUGGGUGGUUGGUGAUCCUUUUGAUCCUAAAGUUCAGCAAGGGCCUCAAGUUAACAAGAAGCAAUUUGAAAAAAUUCUUUCCUAUAUUGAGCAUGGAAAGAGAGAAGGGGCCACCCUUUUGACAGGGGGCAAAAGAAUAGGCAACAAGGGCUACUACAUUGAGCCUACAAUUUUCUCCAAUGUUAAGGAGGACAUGCAAGUAGUACAAGAUGAAAUAUUUGGCCCUGUCAUGGUAUUGAAGAAGUUUAAGACCAUUGAGGAAGCAAUUACAAGUGCUAACAACACUAAAUAUGGCCUAGCAUCAGGAAUUGUGACCAAGAAUUUGGACAUAGCCAACACUGUGUCAAGGUCCAUUCGUGCAGGCAUUGUUUGGAUAAACUGCUACUUUGCCUUUGGGGAUGACAUUCCUUAUGGAGGGUACAAGAUGAGUGGAUUUGGAAGGGAUUUUGGAUUGGAGGCCCUACACAAGUAUCUUCAAGUUAAAUCUGUUGUAACUCCUAUUUACAAUUCUCCCUGGCUUUGAAUAUCUUUUUGUUUUAUGCAAGUAUAAACAAUAGUCAAUAAUACAAGAGCUUUUACACAUACAUUUAAUCAAAGUAAUAAAAUAAGGGCAUAACAUGUUAUUGAUGUUGGUGGAAA